GGUCGAACUGGUGAGGACAAAAUAAACGAAAAUUAAUUUACAUGUGGAACAGGUCUUUCUUAUUCAAAGAUGAAUAACUUUGACUUAGAAAUUUAAUUACAAAAAAAAACAAAAAACAAAAAAAUAAAAUUGAUAUAUAAUAGAAAAAAAGAACAGAUGGACGGAAAAACAAUUACUCGAAUAAAAUGAGAAAGAAUGAGAAUUGUGGUUAGAAGCGUUGCGACGGUGGCGGCACAUCGCGGCGGGAUUCUUAGAAUGUUUGGAAUUAGUAUUAAAUUCGUUGGUCGUAGGUUAAGGGUAAGGGGUAGUGGAAAGGUAAAAGAAGAAAGGAAGAGAAGGGAAUAGAUCAGAGAAAGAGAGAUAAACUGGAAUGUACUAACGCGCGCGCGCGCUUUUGUGAGAGUGAGAUAGAGAGAUAGAAUCGAGUAAUAAGGGAAAGAAGUAGCGGGAAAGCGCAUGCGUUUAGACACGUCGUGUCGAAGCGCGACGAUCUUUCGCGAGUAUAGUCCUGCGGAGGAUCGGAAGGACUACACCCUUUAGCGUGAUCGCGAGACGGUGUAUUUAAUCGCAUCUAAUAUCUUGUUCGCUCUCGUUUAACUUGAUCAUCGAACAGACGACGAACAUUCGACAUCGUAAAGAUGAGUCUCUUGUUAGAAGACGAGGAAAUCGACGAAUACAGAGAUGGUUCCGUAAGGCUGAGAAAUCCAAAUAUCGAAUUAAUGGAUCAAGACAUAUUGUAUCAUCUAGCACUUGGCAGUGGUUCUCAUGAUCUUGUGGAAAUGUUUGGCGAUGUUAAGUUCGUUUGCAUGGGUGGCACACCGAAACGUAUGGAGCAGUUUGCGAAUUACAUUAUGAAGGAAAUAGGUCACAAGAUCCCGGCUGGAACAACCCUUCUCGACAUCAGCCAGUAUUCCUAUCGUUAUUGCAUGUACAAAGUCGGACCGGUGCUUUCAAUCAGCCAUGGAAUGGGUAUUCCUUCCGUGGGAACUCUUCUUCACGAAAUUAUCAAGCUGAUGUAUCAUGCAAAGGUCAAGGAUCCAAUCUUCUUCAGGAUCGGUACUUGUGGUGGUAUUGGACUUGAAGGUGGCACUGUUGUUAUUUCUGACGAAGCUGUAGAUGGGAUGUUGAAUUCUUAUUUAGAACUGCCUGUCUUAGGAAAGAUAGUGAAGAGACCAGCAAAGUUUGAUCGACAAUUAAUUCGAGAAUUAAAAGCUUUGGCGCAUCGUGACGAUCCUUAUGACACAGUGGUCGGCAAGACCAUGUGUACUUACGAUUUCUACGAAGGUCAGGCUAGAUUAGACGGAGCUUUUUGCGAGUUCACGGAGAACGAAAAGAUGGAUUAUUUAACGAAGAUACACAAAGCUGGUGUUAUUAAUAUAGAGAUGGAAAGUCUCUCGUUUGGAGCACUUGCUCAUCACGCUGGCAUUCAAUCAGCUGUAGUUAGCGUGACUUUGUUGGAUCGACUAAAAGGAGAUCAGGUAUUGGCACCUAAGGAAGUUUUGAACGAAUGGCAGAUACGACCUCAAAUAUUGGUCGCUCGAUACAUCACGAGAUAUCUUCAACGCAAAGGAAGACUUUCUUUAGAGGGCCAUGGUUCUAUGUGCGUGAAAAGUCCUCGUCGAUAUAAAUUAGUACAACAGGAGUCUGAGACUUAUGAUUAAAGAGAUGUUUUGUAGAUCAAACAGAGCUAUGCAAGGGAUGUGAGAAAGAGAGAAAGAGAGAGGGAGAGAGAGAGGGAGAGAAAGAAAGAGAGAAAAAGAGGGAAAGAAAAAAGCGAAAACUCAUCGAGGAGAGAAUAUAUACAUACGUGUGUAAUUAUCAGUUUGCAAAGGAGCCAAACGUGCAUAAGAUGAUAAGAGUACAGUCCAGGGAAACGCACAGUUUUAGGGAGAUAAACACAGUAUUCCAUAAAAACGUGAUUCCUUUUUUCCUUUUUCUUUAUUCAUUUAUUUUCAUGACUACAGUUAGUCUAUGGUUAAAAUUUUACAUAUUAAUAAAAUGAAAAAGAGAGAGAGAGAGAGAGAGAGAGAGAGAGAGAGAGAGAGAGAGAGAGAGAGAGAAAAGAACAAGAGUAAGUCUAUUUUUAUUUUGUUUUAUACGCGUUCUAUAUAAAAAAAAAAAAAGAAGAGAAAAGAAAGAGUACACGCUCGUAGCGAUCGAUCGAUAGAUAAUUUAUUGAUUUUCUUAUAGUCAAAAGAUGUACCUAACGAGGUUUGUUAUUUUUUUCUUUUUUUCUUUUUUGUAUUUCUUUAUUAUUAUUAUUAUUAUUAUUAUUAUCAUUUUCAUUUUAUUUUCAAUUUUCUCAUCGUUCUCAUACUUUUACUUUUUUCUCAAACAGAAGAUUUCACUGCUGUAUUGCCUCGAUUAUUGCUAUAAGUAUUGUACAAACCUCGAUGGGAUAGUCGCUUAAACUUUGUUAUAUAUAAGUUAUAUUUAAAUAAGGUGACAUUCGUUGUUUGUAGGAUCGAAAUGGAAUGGCUAACUCGAGGAAUUUUUCUCGAAGGUUUUAAUACCUUUAAAGGAUGUUUUAUAUAUAUAUAUAUAUAUAUAUAUAUAUAUAUAUAUAUAUAUAUAUCCCAUUCAUAAGUUAUAUUAAUCUUGUUAACAGGACAACAAAUUUGUGGAAAAGGGUAACAAAAUUAUUCUAUAUGUCGCGUACAUGUGACAACGAGUAUAUAAUAUAUACAUACAUAUACACAUACAUAAAUACAUAUGUAAACACAUACAUUUUAAAAGAUAACGCUUUCCUUCUUUAAUUUCCUACGAAAAGGAUGAAAGAAAUAAAGGGUAAUGUAAAGAGUGAAGGAUGAGGGAAGGGGUGCUUGGAAAAACAAAAAAAGAAAAACACAAAGAACAGCCAUAUUUUUUACCAAAGUCAUACCGUUUUUUCCCGGCGGUAAAAACCGAGUACAAAAUAAAACGUAGGAAUCUAAAACCUACGGCUCUUACAAAAAAGGAAAGAAAACUGUGUAUGUACGUUUCUUAUACGACCAGUUUCGAACUAUUCAACAUAUCCAAUGUUUUUAUUUUUAAUAAACUUUAUAAGUUUUGUAAAAUAUUUUCGUUUAUUAAAAGGAAAGUCAAAUUCGUUCAAUGAAAAAUGAUCAAUUAUAAUGAUAUAUUAUGAAAGAGCAUAUAUGUUAAACAUUGAAAUAUUGUAAUAUUUUUGUAAAGGAUUUUAUUUUUAUUUAUUUAUUCUCUUUAUUUCUUUUUAUUCUAUUAAUAAUUCUUCAUGAUUUUUAUUCUUCAGCAUUCUUACUAUACACGUUCCAAAACAAGGAGAUUUUAAUUAAAUUUCUUGUUUUUUAUAUACUCAAUUCAAAUUUUUAUAUACUCAUUUAUAUUCCACUACUUAACGAGACGAUUAUAAAUGUUUUCGUUUUUUCUAUAAUUUAACGAAAGAAGUAUGAAAACAUGAAAUGAGAUGACUUGAAUAAAAUUGUCCCGAAGAUAAACUGAUAUAUAUAUAUAUAUAUAUAUAUAUAUAUAUAUAUCGUAUUAUUAGAAAUUAAGAAAUAAAAAUCAUUGUGAAUCGAUCGACGUUUGAUAUAACGCAAAUUCUUCUCUUUCGAGCAUACUAAAAUUUAAUAAUUAAAUUAGUUAUAAAAGUUAAUCGAAUAAUUGAAAAAAAAGAUGAAGAAAUCUCAGAAGAAAGUGACGACAUUUUAGUUGUAAAAUUUCUGCAAUAAAAUUUCAGGGAGUUAGAAAUAUAACGCCAUAAUAACUUUAACAAUUAUUUAUAUCAACUUCGAAAAAUAUAUUUGAACGUCGAUCGGUAUACAGGUCAUUGAAGACGGAUUUGUCUCUUCUAUUUUUCUUUCUGGCUUCAAAAAGAAAAUCAGCCUUCACGAGAAUGAGCACGAGAAACGUUUCGAAAGGAAUAGAAAGAAAAAAAGAAUGCGAAAGAAGAAAUUUCAAAAAAAAAAGUUCGAUCUUUGUAUCACGUCAUAUCUAAUUCCCGUUGUUAUCGUCAGCGAGACCAACUAUUUAAAAAAAAAAAAAAAAAAAAAGAAAAAGAAAAAGAAAAAAAAAUCUUUAAACCGAAACGAGUACUAACACGAAUACGAAGUAGGUAAUCGAUAAGGAUAAAUCGAAAAUCUGACAAAUUUUGAUCGAAUCUUAUAUCUUCCUAUUUAAUGCUUUCCUCGGAAAAAAUGCAAGUCGAUUAAAAAAAAAAAACUAAAAAAAAAACAAAAAAAAAAGUAAAGAAAAGAAAGGAAAACAAAAGGCAAAAGAAAAAGCAAAGAAAAAAAGGGGAAAAAAAAAGAGAAAAAAAUAAAUAAGAAAAAAAAAAAGGACAACAUUUUGACGCAUACCUCUUACGAUAAGCGUCGUAGUUAGUAUGUUAAAUCGCUUAUAUAAUCGUAGUGUUCCUUAAUUUCCUUCUGACGGAUUCCUUUGGUUGAACAUUUUGGUUGUACGAUAUCGAUAACGUGAUAUCACAGAUAGAUACCCACGUAAAUACAAUAUAUUCGUCUAAUACUUUGCAAGAUAAAACGAAUCACGAUUGAUCUCGGCGACCGAAUGUUCUUCCUCAAAAAAGAAAAAAAAAAAAAAGAAAAGAAAAAACAAAAAAAAAAACAAAACAAGAAAACCUUCUGGACAUUUCGCGGGCGGAUUAGUUUAUAGAAAUUUAGAUUAACUGUUCGACUUCUUCGAAGAGAAAGGAAUGUAUAUGUAAGUACGAAUCGCAUGAUCAUCGCGAAUUGACAUCGUGUUUGUUAUAAUGUAGUUAAGCAAUGUUGUAUCGUUGUAGAAGAAUAUACCCUCCAUUGAAGUGGUUGUUGCAUAAUACAA